AUGGCGCGCAACACCCGCGCCGCUGCGCGCGCUCAGCAAGCCGCCGAAGAGCUCGCACACCAAGACGAGAAUAACGCCGCAAUUGAGGAGUCAUCCGAACGCCCCGAAACUCCGGUCGCAAUGGAGGAUACGCCCCGCGAGCCGCUGAGUCCGAUCGCUGUGAACAAAAGCGCACCUGCGGCUGCGCUUGAGGAAGACCAGGAGGAGGUCGAGGACAAGCCAAAGCCGAGAGCUACUAGGGGUGGCCGCAAGAAGAAAGCGCAAGAGGAACCUGAGCCUGAGCCUGAGGCAGAGAUUCCAACCGAGGCGCCAGCCGAGGAGGAGGUCGCUCCCACACCGGCACCAAAGAGGACACGGUCCACCAGGAGCCGCAAGACGAAGGCGCAAGAGCCCGACCCUGAGACUGAAGUCACGGACGAACCUGCGCAGAACGAAGAAGAGAGCGCGCCCGCUGCUGCGCCAACUCCCGCGCCGAAGAGGACCAGAUCAACCAGGGCAAGAAAGACGAAGGCCCCAGAGCCGGAACCGCAUGCUGAGGAGCAAGCCGAGGCGCAAGACAAGCAGGCCGCCGAGCCCGAUUCGGCUCAGGUAGAGGAAGCAAAGCCGACUCCUGCUCCGAAAAGGACGAGGUCGACGAGAUCAAGAAAGGCGAAAGAUCCAGAGCCCGAGCCAGAACCGGAGUCAGACACCGUCGCCGAGGUGCAUGUCGCAGAGGAGCCUGUGCGGCAAUCUGACGUCAUCGAUGAAACUCUCCAGGAAGCAGCUGUCGCAGGAGAGGAGGAUGCCCAAGAAAAUGGGGAGGGCAGGGCGGCAGCGGACGGGCAGGCUACAACUGAGGUGAUUAUGAACGAGAAAGCGACCGAUGAGCCUGCGAAGGAGCCUGAGGAUGAGGUCCCUGAGCCUAAGGUUGCGCAGAAUGAACAAACCAUGGCAGAGGAGGCUACCAAGCUCGAAAUUUCCACACCUGUGCUGGAUCCUCAAGUGGAUGAGAUCGAAACUCCCGAGGAAGAGGUAUCAGAGCCUCAAGCCGAGGAGACCGAAGCCUCCGAGCCAGGAGUCCCAAAGACUCAUGUCGAGGAGCUCAUGGCUUCCACAAAAGAAGCUGACCAGCAAGCCCAGGAGCUUGAAGGAAGCGCCGCUGAACCAGAGCCGGAGCCACUCGUCAUCGCCGAUGGGCCGGUUGAGUUACAGUCCACUGAAGUAGUCGAACUUGUGGCUCCUGGCAGUCAGACUAUUGAGGCUACAGAAAUUGUGGGCACCCAGGCUACUGAAUCUGCUCCGGCAACAGAAACUCCAUCGGAAACUGAAACACCGUUGUCUUCCCCUGAGCUUGAUCCUGUGGAGCAACAGAUCCUGGAAGAAAUCCGUAUGAGUCCAGUCAAGGAAAAGGCCGUCGAAGAAACAUCAGAAGCAAAGUCAACAAGAUCAGUAACCCCCGAAGCUGCCGCGGAUAUGCCGCCAUUGAAACUCGAGGACUCUUUUGAGGAAAUGGAUGCACUUGAGGACGCUCUUGAGGCGGUUGGAAAGUCACUGAGCGCCGCCGAGGCUCCGGUCUCCGCUCCAAGUGCCACUAAAGAAAAGAAGCCUACGCCCAAAGCAGGGGUUGCUUCCACUUCCACCGCAAAGCCUAGGACUGCACCUCGGCCAUCCUCAACUAUAAAUCCCGUAGCAAAGAGAGCAUCUACGGCACCAUCUACAAAGCCUGCCGUCAAGCCUGCGCCCAAGCCUGCUCCGAAACCCGCUGCAUCCAAUUCUAAAGGUCCCUCCAGAUCGGCCACGGCACCAGUUCCUACUGCUAAGCCUUCGCACGCACGCUCGGCAAGUACCCGGGCUGCCCCUGCCAAAGAUGAGGACUCUGCGGGUAGCAAGCAGCGGCCUGCAAGCCAAGUUGUUGAUUAUCUUGCGAUGAAACGCCGCCCAGUAUCCAUGUCUUUCCCUACUCCGCCACCUCCUCCCAAGUCGACGAAAGCUCCUACCACGUCAACGUUCCAGCUGCCUGGAGAAGCGAUUGCUGCUAAGCUCAAAGCUCAGAAAGAAGAGCGGCUUAAGCGUGAAGCGGAGAAAGCUGCUAAUGGCGAGCAGAGCAAGGAGAGGGACGAGAAGGAGGCUGCGGAGAAGAAGAAGCGAGAGUUCAAGGCUCGUCCUGUUCCGAGCUUCAUCAGAAAGCCUGGGUCGUCUGCACAGGUUCGCCAGACAGCCGCAAGCCGUGCGCGUGAAGGCUUGAUGCACGGUAGCGCAGAGCAAGACAGCACACACAAACGCAGCGGCUCCAUCCGCGUGGAGCCCGGCGCUGGUGGCAAACGACAAAGCACGGUUGACGCAAAGCGUAACCUUGCCCUUCCGGCUCGUCCUGCUCCUAUCCAACGUUCAUCCAGUGCUUCGAGCUCGGUGAACGGUGCUCCGCAACGUACCACGUCCUCACAAUCAUCUCUUGCCUCAUCCAUAUCCUCAACAACAGCUGCUGCGCUUAACACCGCCGCCAACGCCACGGCCAAACCUCGUGUUCCGUCCGCGGCAUCCUCACAAGGCCCGCGCCCGCCGUCCUCGAGCUUUUCCUUCCGGCCUGGCCCCGUCACCAAGUCCGAGGUCACGGCCGCGGAUAAGCAGGCGCUGAAACAGAAGGCCAAGGCCAUCUUCAAUAGGGAAAGGCUGGAAAAGGAACGCCAGGAGCAAGAAAGGCGCGAGAAGGAGGAAGCGGCCAAGAAGGCGCGUGCCGCUGCAGCGGAGAGGGGAAGGCUGGCAAGCCGGGAGUGGGCGGAGAAAAUGAUGAAAAAGAAGAUGGAAGCGAAGGCGGCAUCCGCUAAGCCGGCGGCUGCUUGA